AGAUGUGGUAUUUAUCGAGUUAGCAAGCAAUAGCAACGCGACACACGACCGGCGGCGCCAUGCGUACAUCUGAGCCCUUCUUGCAACCGGACGCGAAUCUUGACGCGCAUGGUCCGCGAGAUCCACCGUCGACGCGGCUCGUUGGUGCACCCUGACUCGAAGUCGCACGCCCGCUACCUGCACUCAACCACCGACGAUCACGAUCCAUCUGCCGAGCCCGUGGGGCCCGCCACCCGACCGCCCUCAUCCGCCGUUAAAUACCUCCCCACGCCUCCUCCGCCCUUCCCUUUUCUCCUCCCUCGUUAUCAGCCCUCGAUCUUUACGGAAAUCACGAUGCUGUCCCUCCUCGACCACGGCUUCGCGCCCGACGACUUCGGGCCGUCGUGGGCCAACAAGCCGGCGGAGGUGCCCGAACCGGACAACCGCACGGCCGUCUCCCCGGAGGAGCGGCGACGGCUCCACCGCAUGAUCUCCAACCGCGAGUCCGCACGCCGCUGCCGCAUGCGAAGGCAGCGCCACCUCGAGGAGCUCCGCGCCAGGGCGAGCACGCUCCGGUCCGAGAACCGCGACCUCGCGGACCGGCUCGUCGGCCUCGCCCACCGCCGCCUCCUCGUCCGCCUGGACAACCACCGCCUCCUCGCCGAGGCCUCCGUCCUCUCCCGGCGUCUCGCCGACCUCCGCCACUACCACUACUACUACCACCACGAACUGGUUUCUCACAGCGCCGCGUAUUUUCUUGGGUCGAAUUAAAGAAAGCUUGAAGGUCUCAUCAAGACAAGUUUAGGUGAAUCCGUCGAGCCACUUCUCUAAAUCACCAACAAGUAGUCACAUCACAUUUAGGGGACGUGAUAUCAUGUUGUGUAGUGUGUUCUUUGCCCCGAGAUCGAUGAACGAUUGAUCGGAGCUCCUGAUUGCUGAGGUUGCAUUCGAGGAUUACGUCAACCAUCAGUCAAUAUUUAAUGGAAUACGAUCGCGCAUCGCAAUUGCCACGUCGAAAGAUGAGAAGCGUGCCAACUUUACAUGCCGUGAUUCAUUGCAUGUCCGUCUCCGUUGGACGUGAAAGCUACGUUCACUUUCGACGGCACAAGAACACGUCAAGCUUUGAUGAUGGUGUAGUUAAAGUUAGCUCAC